UCAAGAUGUGGACACUCAGAAAACAAAAACAAUAGAAGUACCUCUGAAUCGGCUGCCACCUGCCAGACUCCCAACUCGAGAGCAUAAAUUCCGAGUAUACUCCCUCAUCUCUCCCGUCUCGCUUUCAGCUCCUCUAUAUUCACCAAAGUAAUCUACGAUUAAAUUAAUUAUUCCACCCCCACGAGCUCUCUUCCCCACACCCCCACUUCCUCCCUCCCUUGAUUCCUCCUCCACCACUUUUCUUUUUAGCUCCAUCGACGCACUUGCAGGUCUUCCUCCUUCCCUUCCCACAAGUGAAAGAGUCGGAGAAAGGAAUGAAGGUACAGUGCGAUGUGUGCGGAAAGGAGGAGGCGGCGGUGUUCUGCUGCGCCGACGAGGCGGCGCUCUGCGAGCCCUGCGACCGCCGGGUCCACCGCGCCAACAAGCUCGCCGGCAAGCACCGCCGCUUCUCCCUCCUGCCCCCCUCCUCCUCCUCCUCCUCUUCCCCUUCGCACCCCGUCUGCGACAUCUGCCAGGAGUAGUUUUUGGGGGCGUUGGGACUUGCAGGAGAGACGGGGAUUUGUGUUCUGCCAGGAGGACCGGGCGAUUCUCUGCAGAGACUGUGAUGUUCCCAUCCACGGCGCCAAUCAUCUCACCAUGAAGCACAAUAGAUUCCUCCUCACCGGCCUCCGCCUCUCCUCCGCACCCAUCUCCUCCUCCUCCUCCUCCUCUUCUCCGGAGGCAGAGAUAGUUGUGGCCGGUAACAACAACAGUGAUCACAGCAACAAGAGCGUUCUCGAAAAGAGUCGAGAAGAGGCCUUGUUGGCGGAUGAUUCGGUCUUGUGCAGCAGCGAUAGCAGCAUCAACACCUCCACCUUCGCUGCAGCCGCCGCCAACCAGGCGGGAAGCAACAGCGGCGCCGGCGGCGGCAGCAGCAUCUCUGACUAUCUCAUCAAGAUGUGCCCCGGGUGGCGCGUCGAGGACCUGCUCGUCGACGACGCCGCCGCCUCCUCCUUUGCCGCGGAUGGUUUCUCCAAGCAGAUGACGAUGGACGAGAUGCUGCCGUUCAUGGAGGCGGAUCUGGAGGGGGCCGGGCUGGAGGCGGUGGCGGAGGAGUUCCCCAUCUGGGUUCCCCACGUUCCCCAGAUCCCGCCGCCGGAGCUCCCAGCCGUCCCCCCCGGAGGUGGCGCCGCCACGGCCGGCGUCCAUUACCAGCCGUGGGUUGCGGCCAAGGAUCUAAAUUCCACCCACCUUCUCCACGGGGCGAAGGCUGCCGACCGGGAGCGGUGGAGCGACGACGCGUUCACGGUGCCCCAGAUCGCCCCCGCAUCGUCGAAUCCCGGCAAGAGACCCAGGCAACAGCAGUCUCUUUGGUACUACUAAGAGGCUGGCUCUGUACUCGCACUUAAUAUUUCAUACAAUCUCCCCUUUUUCUUUUUUGUGGCUGCUUGUUGUGGUUUUGGUUUUGCGUUUUUUUUUCUUUCCUGUGUAUAAAUUUGCUGAUGUUUUUUCUCUUUUUUUUUAAUAACCGGCCAAGUGCCCAUUUCUGUUGCUUCUUCU